AUGCAGUUUACUGAACAGUCUAUAAAACUGUACAAAUGUUAUCAAUUCUCAGAAAUUCAUGCUGAAGUGCAGUUGAAGAAUUACGGAAAAUUUCUUGAGGAGUAUACGUCUCAGCUGAAGAGAAUUGAAGAUGCUUUGGAUGACUCUGUUGGAGAUGUUUGGGACUUCAGUCUUGAUCCCAUUGCAUUAAAGCUUUUGCCUUAUGAACAGUCCUCCCUACUGGAGCUCAUAAAGACAGAAAACAAGGUUCUAAACAAAGUAAUAACUGUGUAUGCUGCCCUUUGCUGUGAAAUCAAGAAGUUAAAAUAUGAGGCAGAAACUAAAUUUUAUAAUGGCCUCUUGUUUUAUGGAGAAGGAGCCACAGAUUCUAGCAUGGUGGAGGGAGAUUGCCAAAUACAGAUGGGAAGAUUUGUUUCUUUCUUGCAGGAGCUGUCUUGCUUUGUUACCCGAUGUUACGAAGUGGUGGUGAAUGUAGUGCAUCAGUUGGCUGUUCUCUAUACCAGCAACAAGAAUGCACCUAAAAUUAUAGAAACAUCUGGAGUUCAUUUUCAGGCAAUGUACGAGCAUCUGGGAGAGUUGCUCACAGUAUUAAUCACUCUGGAUGAAAUAAUUGACAAUCAUGCCACUCUGAAAGAUCACUGGACCAUGUAUAAGAGGCUGCUAAAGUCUGUCCAUCACAACCCUUCUAAGUUUGGGAUACAAGAAGAUAAACUGAAGCCAUUUGAAAAGCUGCUGUUAAAACUGGAAUGCCAGUUGCUUGAUGGAAUGAUAUUUCAGGCCUGUAUAGAGCAACAGUUUGAUUCUGUAAAUGGUGGAGUGUCAGUGUCGAAGAACAGCACGUUUGCUGAAGAAUUUGCUCAUACUCUUCGCACAACUUUUGCAAAUGUUGAAGCCAAACUUGGUGAACCUUCAGAAAUUGACCAGAGAGAUAAGUAUGUGGGCAUCUGUGGCCUCUUUGUACUGCAUUUUCAGAUUUUUCGGACCAUAGACAAGAAAUUUUACAAGUCAUUGUUGGAUGUCUGUAAAAAGGUACCAGCCAUCACAUUAACUGCUAACAUUAUCUGGUUUGCUGACAACUUUCUGAUUCAGAAAAUACCAGCUGCUGCCAAACUUCUGGACAAGAAAAGUAUUCAUGCAGUUAAAACACAAAGGGAGAACUUUCUACAGCAGAAGGCACAGUCACUUACCAAAGAUAUGCAGUCAUAUUAUGUUUUGGUGAGCUCGUGGAUGACAAAAAUGGAAUCUAUCUUGUCAAAGGAGCAAUGCGUGGAUAAGUUUGCAGAAUAUCUUUCUAACCACUGCAAUGUCUUCAUCCAGGGUUUUCUUUAUGCAUACAGUCUUAGCACCAUCAUUAAAACUACAAUGAACCUCUACAUGUCAAUGCAAAAACCUAUGACCAAAACCUCGGUGAAAGCUCUAUGCAGACUUGUAGAACUUCUGAAGGCAAUAGAACACAUGUUUUACCGAAGAAGUAUGGUUGUGGCAGAUUCUGUGACGCACAUAGCUCAGCAUCUGCAGUAUCAGGCUCUUCACUCUAUUUCUGUAGCCAAGAAAAGAGUCGUUUCUGAUAAAAAGUACAGUGAGCAACGCCUGGAUGUCCUAUCUGCUUUGGUGUUGGCUGAGAACACUCUCAAUGGGCCAAGUACAAAACAGAGGCGACUAAUUGUUUCCCUUGCACUGAGUGUGGGAACACAGAUGAAAACUUUUAAAGAUGAAGAACUCAUUCCCCUUCAGUUAGUUCUGAAAAAACUAGACUUGAUCAGUGAACUUAUAGAGCGAAUUCGAGCACAAUGCGACUGUUGUUUCUUAUACUGGCAUCGAGCAGUGUUUCCAAUCUAUUUAGACGAUGUGUAUGAAAAUGCUGUUGAUUCUGCUAGACUGCAUUAUAUGUUUAGUGCACUACGGGACUGUGUACCUGCUAUGAUGCAUGCAAGACACUUGGAAUCUUACGAGAUGCUUCUGGAAUGCUAUGACAAAGAAAUCAUGGAAGUGCUCAAUGAGCACUUGCUGGACAAAUUAUGUAAAGAGAUAGAAAAGGACCUGCGCUUAUCAGUUCAUACACACUUAAAGUUGGAUGACAGAAACCCCUUCAGAGUUGGUAUGAAGGAUCUAGCUCACUUCUUCUUUCUGAACCCAAUACGUUUUUUCAACCGAUUCAUUGACAUAAAAGCUUAUGUAACUCACUAUUUGGACAAGACCUUCUACAACUUAACGACUGUAGCUCUCCAUGACUGGGCCACCUACAGUGAAAUGAGAAACCUAGCAACUCAACGCUAUGGUCUAAGUAUGACUGAAGCACAUCUUCCUAGCCAGACUCUGGAACAGGGUCUGGACGUUUUGGAAAUCAUGAGAAAUAUUCAUGUUUUUGUAUCCCGCUACCUCUACAAUCUGAAUAAUCAGAUCUUCAUUGAAAGAACAAGUAAUAACAAGCACUUGAACACUAUCAAUAUUAGACACAUUGCUAAUUCAAUUCGAACUCAUGGAACAGGAAUCAUGAACACAACAGUAAACUUCACUUACCAAUUUUUGAGGAAAAAGUUUUAUAUUUUUAGCCAGUUCAUGUAUGAUGAACAUAUCAAAUCCAGACUUAUCAAAGACAUUAGAUUCUUCAGGGAAGUCAAGGAUCAAAAUGAUCACAAGUAUCCCUUUGAAAGAGCAGAUAAAUUCAACCGCGGCAUCAGAAAACUUGGAAUAACCCCAGAUGGCCAGAGCUAUCUUGACCAGUUCAGACAACUCAUAAGUCAAAUUGGCAAUGCUAUGGGUUAUGUACGAAUGAUAAGAUCUGGUGGACUUCACUGCUGUAGUAGUGCAAUUAGGUUUGUUCCUGAUCUGGAAGAUAUCGUUAACUUUGAAGAGCUGGUGAAAGAAGAAGGACUCUCGGAAGAAACACAAAAAGCAGCAAGGCAGCUGGACUCUGUCCUCAGUGACCUCACGCGUAACUUUGCAGAAGGAACGGAGUACUUCAAAAUGCUUGUGGAUGUAUUUGCUCCUGAAUUCCGCAGUCCAAAGAACAUGCAUUUGCGGAACUUCUAUAUAAUUGUUCCCCCACUGACCCUCAAUUUUGUAGAGCAUUCAAUCAGUUGCAAGGAGAAAUUGAAUAAGAAGAACAAAAGUGGAGCAGCUUUCACUGAUGAUGGGUUUGCCAUGGGUGUGGCUUACAUUCUGAAGCUUUUGGAUCAGUACCAGGAGUUUGAUUCUCUGCACUGGUUCCAGUCUGUUAGAGAGAAGUAUGUGAAGGAAAUAAGAGCAGUAGCUAAGCAACAGAAUGUGCAGUCCACUAAUCAAGAUGAAAAACUACUACAAACUAUGAACCUUACCCACAAGCGACUGGAAGUUUGUUUACAGGAAUUUGAACUCCUUUAUUUCUCACUAAGUAGUGCAAGAAUUUUUUUCAGAGCAGAUAAAACUGCAGCAGAAGAAAACCAGGAAAAGAAAGAAAAAGAAGAAGAAUCUGUUAAAGCAAGCAACGGAGAUUUUUCCAACUCUACGCCUGCAGAUCCUGUUGUGAAAUGCUGUGGCUGGUCUGAUUUGCAUCUACAGAAGUAAGGAAAUCCAGAGCCAAGACAGCACCACAAUCAGCUCUUCCUUUUAUGACCAGACACUGUGUGAUGGGUGUCUGUAACUAUUAAGUGAUCUUACACUUCAUGAAUAUGUUGUGCCUAACUGCAAGUUUCAGCCUCAAUUCUGUAUUUCCUAGCCUUUGUAGGUCUGUUGUACCGUCUGUGUUGUUCAUACAGUCUUACAUGCCUCGUUAUUAACAGUAAUUGCACUGCAGGCUUCAGAAGCUGCUGAACACUGUGAGAACUCUGUAUAAAUACAACAUCUGUUAAUGCCUGCAAGUAGAGGUUCUAGAUUAUGCGAGAGUUACUCAGAUUCCUAACUUAAGUAAGUAGCUAGACUUUGCUUAAAAGUAAACACCACUUUCAUUAAAAGAUAUAGUUGUGUUUUAGUCUCCCAGAACAUAAAACACUUCUAGGUCUUACUAACUAGAAUAAACUACUCUAGUCCAACUGAG